GACAUUUAGGACUUGGUCCUCAGGAUGAGGCAGAACAGUUGUCUGAAACUGAAGACAGUGAAGAUGAUUGGAACAUAACCAAUGAACCGCUGAAUUCAAAGAUGGGCACAAAUGAAACAGUCUUCAGUGGUAUGACAGGAUGACUUUAUUCCCCAGCCUCAGCCUCUGCCCUUCACUGACUCAUGGGAAACUCCUGCUUGUCUUUUCUUGCCUGCUUCCCCUCUAAUGUUCCAGUCUCUGCCUCAUGGGAAAAGAGAUAAAUGGACAGGUCUCACUCCCAUUAAAACACGGUUAAAGUGGUUCCACCUCCCCUGAGGUUUCACUGAAGAUCACAGGGAACAAUGAGCUCAUUUCUCUGUAUCCUACAGCUGAAGGUUCGUACAGAAAUACUUUAAAGUUAACCAACAUGCAACGAUUGAACCACAAAGUUGCUUCUACCUUUUCCGAUGCUUUCUUUUUUUAAUUGAAAUCUGUGAUGUCCAAACAAAAGUGGAGAGAUUUAUUUAAUUAUUAGUAAUUAAUAAUUGUUAGACUCACAGUCAGAACCUGGUACUAAUCACCUUUGUCUCCUCUCUUUUCCACUUCCACCACUUCCGCACACUGUUUGACACACUGUUAUCACAUCUGUCAACACACACACACACACACGCACGUAGAGACACUGUCAACAGUCUGAACCUCCCAGGCUUUAAUUAUCCUGAAUCACACAAACCUCAGGAGAAGGACCUGAGUCUCACCGCUGUUCACUUUAAUCAAGUUGUUUUCUAAGUUUCUUCGCCAUCAGGGAAAAAGUGUAUCCACUCAUCAUUAAGACAAUUAAAUAAAAAAGAAAUAAUCUGUUUGUAUAAUUAAAAUAGAUUUUUGCUGUAUUAAAAUAACAUUUAAACCAGUUAAAACAGCGGUCACUUCACACCUGACAUACAAGUGAUUAUGAAGACCUACCACACAAACAAACCUUUAGUACUUUGACAACUUUUAGUCCUGUGAGAUGUUUAAGUAACUGUCAGUAAACUUCAGUAACAGUCAGUAAACUUCUACAGCUUUUAAAGCUGCAGUGUGUAUGUUUUCAUUAGCACCACACUGAUGUUUCCUCUGCUAACACAUGCUCUCAGGGACACAUGAUUAGGUGAAGAAGGCCUGAGGCAGUGCAACAGUGGAAUCAUCAUCACCCUCAUCAUCAUCCUCCCUCUGUUUUACUGGCUUUAGUAUUUCUGCUCCUAAUAAUACAGUAUUUUCACCCCAGGCCUCAUCAUUAACUUCACUCAUUAAACAUGAUAUGUUAAUACCACUGAUGAUUAGUACAUUAUUAAUAAUUACAAAAAGACAUGGAAAUCAUCAGCAAAUCUUUGCCUAACAUUUAAACUCAAUUCUUCUUUCAUUUUGAAAAACUAGCUGUAGCCUAGCUGUUAGCUAAACUUAGGUUCCAUUAUUUUCUAAUUGGUUACUCUUGAAAGACUGUACCUUUUGAUAAAUGUUUGUAAUAUUUCCUGACUAACAUUUAAAUGACCUUUAACUGUCUUCUCUGAUCUUGGCUUACGUUAAAGCAAGAGUUUGACUGAGUGAGAAUCUUCACAGACACGUGACUCUGAGAUCACUAACUCAUAACGAACUCAUCUUUAAUGUGGUUACUUGUUUCCUUUAACCCUAAUCUGUUAAUCCAAAACCCUUUUAUUCAACCAGCCUUCUUAUCUGGAGGUAUUGUGGCAGCCUCUGGUGAUCUUGGAGUCCUCGUUCUGUCUCUUAACAUCACUGAAGGAUGAGUUGGUUCUCGCUCAGGCGCGAUGAUCUGAGGAGACAGACGUUGUCUUUUUCCGUCUUCAUCAAAAGCUCACUUUGUUGUUGUUGUUUUUGACCAGUGUGAAAUGUCAGAGCUGGUUUUUCACCAGCCCUGAGGGAAAUCGGAGAGCAGUGACAGAGGACGUAUAUAAACCCAGAGUCAGGACACUGUGUCGGUGGUGAAAGAGUGACGUUAAUGAAGUUCACCUGUGAUUAGAUGUUGUUUAUGGUCUCAGUCUUUUCUCUGCUCUGAUGGUGAUAAUAGUUCUGUCACAAUGACUUUUAUUCUCAACUUUGUAAAAAACCUUUGAAAACGUCGGGUGUUCAUUUGCUCAGAUCUUUGUCUGCGGUGUGAAACCUUCUGUCUAAUGACAGGAUGGAUUAUUCUAGGAUUAAAUAUGGAGACUGCUCUUUCUCUCUGAUCAGACUCAGUCAUUUGGUUGUAAUGUUGUGUUGGAUUUUCUCCCAUUGUUCCCAACAAGAGGAAAACCCACAGUGUGAAAUAAUCCCAGGCUCCAUGUCGUUACCUGUGCUGCAGAAAGAGGGCGACAUCACCUUGGGUGGACUCUUCUCUCUCCAUGACAUGGUGGUGGAGCACACGGUCUCCUACACCUCCACACCUGCUCCAACACAGUGCACCAGAUUUAACUUCAGAACCUUCCGUUGGAUGCAGACCAUGAUCUUCGCCAUUGAGGAGAUCAACAGAGACCAGCGACUCCUUCCCAACAUCACCCUGGGCUACAAGAUCUAUGACUCGUGCAGUACACCUCACCAGGCCUUGAGGGGCACUAUGGAGCUCAUGGGAACCAAGACCAUUCUGGAGAAUGUGACCCAGAGUGGAGGGAACUGUUCAGGCAGAGUUCUGGCUGUGAUCGGAGAUGGAGGAUCCACUCAGUCUCUGGUUGUGGCUCGGUUCCUGGGGGUGUUCCACGUGCCACAGGUCAGUUAUUUCUCCAGCUGUGCCUGUCUCAGUGACAAACAGCAGUUCCCAGCCUUUUUAAGGACCAUGCCCAGUGACUUCUUUCAGGUGGAUGCUCUGGUUCAGCUGGUCCAGCACUUUGGUUGGAGUUGGGUGGGCGUCGUGGCCGGAGACGACGCCUAUGGCCGAGGAGGAGCCAGUAUUUUUGCCGAUAAGGUCAGACAGUUCGGAGCAUGUGUUGCUCUUCAUGAGAUCCUCCCAAAGAACAGAGACCAGGCUGGAGUUUCACGGAUCAUCUCAAAGAUCCGCUCGUCACGAGCCAGAGUUGUUCUCGUGUUUGCAGUGGAGCAGGAUGCUGCAGCUCUGUUCGAUGAAGUUCUCAGACAGGGUCUGACUGGGAUCCAGUGGCUGGCCAGUGAGGCCUGGAGUACAGCUGCUGUCCUCUCCAGUCCGAGGAAGUACCAUCAGAUCCUCCAGGGUUCUAUGGGGUUUGCCAUCAGGCAUGCUGACAUUCCUGGACUCCAGGACUUCCUGCUAAGAUUACAUCCGUCCAGCGAUGAUUCUCCUGGAGAUCCUUUCCUGGUUCCCUUCUGGGAGGAGGUGUUUCAGUGCAGCCUUGCUCUGAAGACUGAGCACCAGGAGUACAGACCUCCAUGUUCUGGAGCAGAAGACCUGAGAAAGGUGACAAACAUCUACUCGGACGUUUCCCAGCUGAGGAUCUCCUACAACGUCUACAAAGCUGUGUAUGCCAUCGCUCACGCUCUGCAGAACAUGAGGCGCUGUGUUCCAGGAGCUUCCCCUCUGCAGAGCUGUCCUGAUCCAGAGGACAUCCAGCCGUACCAGUUGCUUCACUUCAUCAAACAGGUGAGAUACUUGAACUCAUUCGGGGAUGAGACCAAGUUUGAUGAGAACGGUGACCCAGCCGCCAUGUACGACCUGGUCAACUGGCACCUGGGACCCAGUGGACACAUGGAGUUCGUGAACAUCGGCAGAUUUGAUGAAAUGGCUGGAAAACAAGAACUCCAGAUUCAGGAGGAGAACAUCGUGUGGAACGGAAACCAAACCGCAGUUCCAUUGUCUGUGUGCAGCCACAUCUGUCCUCCAGGGACCAGGAAAGCCAUCAGACCAAACUUUCCCAUCUGCUGCCACGACUGUGUGGUUUGUACAGCUGGAGAGAUCAGUGAACACACAGAUUCUAUUGAGUGUAUGCGCUGCUUGCCAGAGUUCUGGUCCAAUCAGGACAUGACGGCCUGUGUCCCCAAAGCGGUGGAGUUCCUGUCCUUCAGCGAUACCAUCGGCAUCACCCUGACCACCAUCUCCCUGCUGGGCUCCUUCUGCACCUGCAGCGUCCUCUUCAUCUUCACGCGCCACAGGUGCACGCCCAUCGUCAGAGCCAACAACUCUGAGCUGAGCUUCCUGCUGCUCUUCUCCCUCAACCUUUGCUUCCUCUGCUCCCUCACCUUUAUCGGCCGCCCGUCUCCGUGGUCCUGCAUGUUGAGACACACGGCCUUUGGCAUUACCUUCGUCCUGUGUGUCUCCUGUAUCCUGGGGAAGACCGUGGUGGUGCUGAUGGCCUUCAAAGCAACACUUCCAGGCAGGAAUAUCAUGAAGUGGUUUGGUCGAGCACAGCAGAAAACCAUCAUCAUUUUCUCCACGCUGAUCCAGGUGAUCAUCUGUACAGUAUGGCUGGUUGUGGCUCCGCCCACUCCUCGUAAACUGAUGCCACGCGAGAGUCCGAUUGUCAUCCUCCUUUGUGAUGAAGGGUCGCCCGUGGCCUUCGCUCUGGUUCUGGGCUACAUCGGCCUGUUGGCCUGUCUCUGCCUCAUCUUAGCAUUUCUGGCUCGGAAACUUCCAGACAACUUCAACGAGGCCAAGCUCAUCACCUUCAGCAUGCUCAUCUUCUGCUCUGUGUGGGUCGCCUUCAUUCCUGCCUACAUCACCUCCCCGGGAAAGUACUCCACGCUCACAGAGGUGUUUGCCAUCUUGGCGUCCAGUUUUGGCCUCCUGGGCUGCAUAUUUGCACCAAAGUGCUACGUCCUCCUCCUGAGGCCUGAGAAGAAUUCCAAGAAACAUCUGAUGUCCAGAGUGAACUUGGACAAGCUUUAAACUGGAACCGAUGAAAUCAGUUCCACGUCCCGUUACUGUGUGUCUGAUUCAAAUAAAAUUUGAUUAAGGUCACUUUAAGCAUCUGAUGAUCCAAAUGGAACUGGCUAAAAAAUGUCAUAGUUUUGGAUCGAGUUACUGACUGGAACUUAUUAAAUAUAGUUGGUCAAAUGAUAGAUACAUGGAAUCUUUCAGUAUACAGUUUACAGUGCAAUAAAAAGUGAGCAAAUAUGGAGUAAUUGGAAUAUUUAAAUAUAUAUAUAUAAUUUAUUUCAUAUUUUUAUAAAAAAUAUUUAUUUUAAAAAUACCAAGGAGUGAAAUUGUUGGAAAUGUUUAAUAAUUACUUGUGAUGAGUAUAAACAUUUUGGGCAGCAGAACACUUUUUAUUUUUUGUGAAUGCUGUCAAUUGAUAAAAGUGGAAAAAACGAGCAAGAAUCUGUUUCAGCAAAUCACGCUUUCCAAAAAAUUGUAAAUUGGAAUUUGCCCUAAGAUUGCACCUCUAAUCUGGACCAAUUAAAUUUGUGCUUCAGGCUCCACUCCCUACAGUUUAUGAAAUGUUUUUAUAAAAUCGCAGGAUCUUAAUGUGACAAAAAAAUGUCCACCAGAUGGCAGCAGUGUAAUUUUAAUAACACAAUUUCCAUUUGUUGUCAGAGUUAAAAAUAAAAAUAAUGAUGAUAAUAA